GGCCCGGGCCUCGCUGAGACUCAGCGCGGGGCACCGGGACCGGCAGGUUGUGCCUGGCGGGCGUCGUGCGCUAGGCCCGGGGUGCUACUGGGACGACUCUGGGAGAUCCUGUGUCUCUUUUAAAAGAAAAAAAAAGCGAGCAAGAGAAUGUUACAGAUAUGUACUUCUAGUCCCAGAUGCAGUCUGUCAAGAGGUAGAGGCCUAUCAUGACUCUGAGAUUCAGUCUCUGAAGGAGUAGGUGCUCUUUGUUGCCAUGACGACAGGUGACUGCUGCCAUCUACCUGGCUCAUUGUGUGACUGUCCAGGAAGUGCUGCUUUGUCUAAGUCAGUGGAGGACUCCGACAUCGGGCGACCACAGUAUGUCACCCAAGUGACUGCAAAAGAUGGCCGGCUGCUCUCAACAGUGAUCAAAGCACUGGGAGCACAAAGUGAUGGUCCCAUCUGUCGAAUCUGCCAUGAAGGUGGAAAUGGGGAGGGACUGCUUUCUCCCUGCGACUGCACAGGAACACUGGGGACCGUGCACAAGAGCUGCCUGGAAAAAUGGCUUUCCUCCUCCAACACUAGUUACUGUGAGCUCUGCCACACUGAGUUUGUCGUAGAGAGAAGACCAAGGCCCCUCACAGAGUGGCUGAAGGAUCCUGGCCCUCGCAAUGAGAAGAGGACCCUCUUCUGCGACAUGGUGUGUUUUCUGUUCAUUACUCCCCUGGCGGCAAUCUCAGGCUGGCUGUGUCUUCGUGGUGCCCAGGAUCACUUGCAGUUCAACAGCCGGCUGGAAGCCAUUGGACUGAUAGCCCUUACUAUUGCACUUUUUACUAUCUACGUCCUUUGGACACUGGUUUCAUUCCGUUAUCAUUGCCAGCUGUAUUCGGAGUGGAGAAGGACCAAUCAGAAAGUCCGCUUAAUGAUUCCGGACUCCAAGAGCCCUCAUCCUGUCCAGCAUUCCCUGCUCUCCACCAAGCUCAUGAAGAAGAAUGCAGAUGAAACAACUGUGUGAGUUACCCCAUGCUAGGUAUCCUCCGAAUGGGGCAGCUGUGAGCAAGGAGAGGACGAGAGUGGCUUUGCAGGAAUGUCGCCAGAGAAGCGGAUUGAAUCUUUUUCUGUGGACAAGGUGUGUGGAAGCUGCAGCCACCUGGCAAAACAAUCACCCCAACCAAAGGAACUUUGCACUCAGCGAGUACAGUACCUUAGUUUGAGGCAAACAAACAGAUGAUAAACAUUUGGCUGUGUGAAAUGGCCCCAAAGGGCUCUGAGUCCCCAGAGACAGAAAGCCAUAUCUGUUUAUCUGCCAGAAUUCUUUCUUAAAACUAAAUACAUGAUGUGGAAAAAAUCCCUCUAUAUAGCUAUAUAUAAAUACUAUUUUUAAUGGCCAUGCAUAUUGUGUUUUCAGUCCUUUUGUGUUGAUAUAGACAUUGUUCUAAGCUUCAGUAUAGAAGCUGGCAGCCUGAUCUCACUCAGAGGUUGAAUCUGGGCCGUUUCUCAAUAUGAGCAUAUAAAGAACACUUCUUAUUGGACAUUGCUAAAAGUUCCCGUGUCCUUUGCACUAAAUGGAUUUUGAGAUCAUUGCAGCAGGUUUUCUCCUUUGUUUUCUGUAGUGGUGGUAUUGUCCUUUUGACAAAGUUGUGUGUGCUUUUAAUAAUUAUUAUAAUCCCAGAAGGAGUAAAAUGACAUAAUACUGAAUGGAGACAUUUUGUAUUGUAAAAUACUGUAAUCUUGAAAAUUUCACAAUGUUUCAGAAUAUGAAAACUCUCACUUGAAGCUGUGAGCUCAUAAAAUAUGAAAUUAUCACUUUAUCCCUAGGACUCUGCUGUGUUCAGCUGUUGGUAUAAUAUUAUUUCCGCUAAACAUAACACAGUGAGUGACUCCAGGUGCUAAGAGGAUAUGAUCCUAAAAAUCACUGCAUGAGCCAGAGACAGCCCAUUCAGGAGACCCUUAUUUGCUUAAAACUAUCUGAAGGCUAAGAGAGGAGCUGUCGCCACCCCCAAAAGAGCAGAGUUGGGUUCUCAUUGGCUAAUGUAUCCUGUUCAUGUUCCCUAAGAUCAACAUAUACGCUGCUAGAAGUAGGAGAUACGCUACCAUUAGCUCCUGCAUGUACCUUCCUGGACGUAUUCAUGUUCUGCAUCCCGAGCAGCAGGGAGGGGAAGCCUUAGGACUCCCUGCAGAGGGACUUGUGCACACAGCCCCUGGUGCUGCUAUUUGGAGAGUCACUGAAAUCACUGCCUGGACCAUCGGUGGCCCUAACACAGGAAUUUUCAUGGGUUUUCAGGGCUGAAUGGGCUCCUUAGUCACUCUCUAGUCCAGGGCAUGGGUUCCUCUUCUUACCACCUGGUGCAUCCAGUUGCCUCUGCAGUAAGCUUAGCAAAUGGCCCUUGACACCUUGCAGUGGAAGAUCUGCCAAGGGAUUUCCAGCAACUCUUCCUUAAUAGCUAGUGUAAAUGUGCCUCUUUGGCCUUCAGUCUUUGCCUCAUCCUCUUCCAUCCCCCACUUCUGUGACCCUCAAAUAAUCCCUCCUCUGUUUAAUAUUCUACUGUGCACAGUGCUUUGCUUCCACAUCUCAGACAGAUCUAGUCUGCAGAUGUUCUGUCACCAUGGUCUAGGCGAAUGCAGCCUUGGCAAGUGCUCUAAUUAUAGAGAGCUAUUCUGGAGAGCAAUAUUCUGAGAUCCAAAUACUGCAACUGUUAAGGGAAAUAGCAAAGAGUAGGCAGGCUUGAAUUGUAGCCCUAUACUUGCAUCCAUGCGCCAUGAUUCUGAGACUCGAGUCGCUGAAUCUGGAGAUGGAAUUUAGCUUGGAUAGCACAGUUCUGGGCCUUAGCCCCAUAGUUCCCAAAUUGCUGGAUUCUAAAUCCAAUCUCCCCUUUUCCGUGUUCUCUCCUGCCUGGCUGAGCUGGAUCCUUUCGCCAGAGCAGCCCCCUCCCCUCCCUUUCGGUUUGGAUCGAAUUAAAAAAAUCCUUGAUGGGCAAUGGUUGCCUAACUGACCAUGCAAAAUGCUCGGCUCUCUCUACUGGGGUCGAUGGUUCCAUGUGGCCAGGGCUUUGCUGGGUGGCUGGCUUCCCUCCUGUGUCUGCCUUGUGCUAUUCAUUUGUGAUUGGGCAGUAGGUUGCUGUGGAACAUCUUUGACUCUUUUCUCUGCGGGUUUGUGCAUGUUCCCACCACUGAUUGAGGGAAAGUCUCUUCUCUCGUCUGAUAGCUGAGCAAGUGUGCCUUGUUCCUUGGUACCUUGGACAAUAGUUCUCUCCUUUGUCACAUCCAUACAGUCCAGAGGCUUUGCUCCCCUCUUCCCACUGCUGCCUUUCUCCCUAACUUCCUGGGAAGGCCCUUGUCUCUUCCCUUCUGCUGGUAAUCCUUCAUUCUAGGAACAGCCUUCCCUUACCCCUUCGGUUCAAUCUAGACUCUCCAAGGGGGCUGGCAUACCCUACUGAAUUCCUUCCAGCCCUGGUGAGACAUGAAAGGUGCAGUCUGAGGGACUAGUGGGUGGCUGCACAACGGUCAUCAAAAUCCUCUUAGUGUGUGCGUGAAAUCAUGAGGAGCCCAUUCAGACUCCUGGCAGCCCCUGAAUGCAGCUGCAGGCUGCUCCACAGGUUUGGCCAGGUCUCUCUAGUGCUUUCCAAGAGCUACCAGAACUCACUGACACUGGCUGCUGGGUUAUUGGAAAAGCACAGCCACACUUCCAGGCUUAACUGCUCUUAAGUAGAAGCUGCCGCCCACUCCUUGCUGUUUUCUGCAUUCGUGUGUUGCACAUGCUGCUUCAUUCCUCCCCUGGGGUGUGAGAUGUGGUUCCAGCCAUUCACUGUGCAGACACCUGUGUCUUGGGUGCAUUUUUCUCCAAAUGUGUUCCCUUUUAUUUGACCUCCCCACUAGAUCCAACCAGCCCCUGGGAGGUGGUUCCUAUGACACAUCUAGCACAGACCUGUCUCAAAAUUCAGCCCAUAGUCAUGUGCAUUCAUGAUAAUAGUAAUGACUCUAAUGUAACCAGUCUUUCAAAUAGAAACCCAGCGUUGAUACCAGUCUGCAGCUGUGAAACCUGGGAGUCCCUCUCAGGUGGUAGGGGUGGCUGAUCCCCUCCCAUGGCAGCGUAGCUUUAUUUUCUCUCUGCAUCCUUGUAUUUAUAGUAUUUUCCAAGUAAUCUGAGUUGUUGCAUGUGCCCCUGUAAAAUGGUGAUACCCACUUUUGAAUCCUCUAGGGCCUCCUUCCCAGCGGAGACAUUUAGCUCUUGUGGCGUCUGGAAAAUCAGCGUCUCUGUUCUCGCACAUUCUAGUGUCCCGGAGGAAAUACACCAUGUGAUUAUGUAAAUAAAAGUGAAACAACUUUU